AUGGCAUCUUCUCCAGGACAAGGCCCUGGUGGGCCAUGGAACCAUACCACGUCCAACUUUGUGCGUGCCGAUGAUCUGGAGCGUCGAAUGGACGCCAAGUCCGAGCAAAAUUCGCUGGUUGCCGAGAAACAGCAGUCCAACAGAUGGCCCACGCUGUUUGAGAUACUCAACCGCAAGACCCAGUCCCCUGUGGACCUGUGGUCGUUCUACGUUUACAUGAGAGACGGACAAAAGAACAUUGACUACCUGGACUUCUGGAUCGAUACUGUUCAGCACAUGGGUCUUUGUAAGGCUUAUGUGAAGGGACUCAAACAAUCGUUGUUGUUGAAUGAGCGAAUACGAAGUGCCGAUCAGGUGGUGGAGUCCAUGUCUCCUCCAAGAAACCCAGUCUCUGCAAAACGAAACUCGAGCGGCAGCAGAGAGUCCAGAUCGUCGUCGAUGUUGCUGGAUCUGCUUAUGCGUAACAACCUGCUCGAGGAGUUUGAUUCGCGGCGAAUGUCGGCUUUCCUUCGAGGAGAAAGCAGCGUGAGAUCAAGCGAUCCCCAGAUCCACGCCAAGAUCGAUCAAUUGAAACGCAAAUCGCAUAGCUCUGCAGACGACCCGUUGGAUGUGCCAAAGACACCGGUCUCGUCCAAACGUGUCUCGACCAUCAACCCUCAAAUGCUCGAAACAAUGAUCCAGGAGGACAGCGAGCAGUCCAAUAAGUCGUUCAAAGACAGCCACUUUGUCACUCGUGAAAAACUAGCCCAGUCGGCAAACAACAUCGUCCACACGUACUUCCUCCACUCCUCGCCCAAGAAGAUCGUGAUACCUCCGGAAAUGAUCAACUCGGUGGUCCGUUCUGUGCAAAUGGACGCCAGAGACGAUCCCGAGAUCUUUGACGAGUCGCGCGAGUUUGUGUUCAAGGCCAUGGAGCACGAAGCGUAUCCAAACUUUUUGAGAUACCACGCUUUGUCCAACGUGACAUCGCGGUCUGCGAUCUACCGGCUAUUUGGUUCGCUUCUUGCCGGUCUGGGAGCCUUCUGGACCGGCUACACGCUUAUCUUCUUGGACUACCAGCCAAAAAUCAUCCGGUGGGUUGUGAUCUCAUUAGGGUAUCGGUCAGACGUAGAUGGUGGAUGUGUCAACCUGCAUGGCAGAUUGUUGCGGGUAUUCGACUGGGUGGGCGUAGUCUUCCUGGAAGUACGGAUGGAGAAGAGCUCUUUUGGCACUGAUUCUUCCCGCAGGGUCGUAGGUCAGCAGCUGCUCCAAGAGGUCGACGCCGUGGGCGUCCAGGUUUGGCACAGAAUCGGCCAGGUUCUGCUUGGACCAUUUAGGGAAGCUAGGCUUGAAGUCGCUCAAAUAGGUAACGUCGGGCCAGAUCUCCUCGGUUGGGGUUCCCAGAACACGGAAGAUCUUGAAGAUCUGGUCGAUCUCCGAGUCUCCGGCAAACAGCGGCUUGCGGUUGGACAUCUCUGCAAAAAUGCAUCCAAUCGACCACAUAUCCACGCCUGUCGAGUACUGUUUACCACCAAGCAAGAUCUCUGGACUUCUGUACCACAGAGUGACAACCUCGUGAGUGUACGCACGCAGCGGGACGCCAAACGCUCUGGCAAGACCGAAAUCAGCAACCUUGAGGUUACCUUCCUUGUCGAUCAGCAAAUUCUGCGGCUUCAGGUCUCUGUGUAG